AUAAACACAGGGCCGUGCCUGAUACCAAGCUCAUCAAGCAUUGGCUUUGGGGCCAACAAGAGAAUAUUUAUUUUAGGGGUCAAGAAUUACUGUAGUUUCUCUCUAAUUCUGGUGGUAAAAGCUAGAUAUAUAACAGUGGGAGGUUAUGGGUUCGAAUAACAUGGGAACACCUUUUAAUAUUUUCAUGUUUUAUUAUGAUUAUGGGCCAAAAAUUUUUUUUGCUUCUGGGCCCGAAAUUGUCAGGCCCGGCCCUGUAUAAACAUACUUUCAUUUGUACAUAAUGUGACAUCAUUUUCGGAUUCGUAUGUGUUGGUUGAUGUGAAUUUAUUAAUCGGUUGUGCUCUUGUUUGUUUCAUCAUCUCUGAUCUCCCCUCUGAUUCCGUUUGUAAGAUUGUUUGGUGGUCUGGUCAGUGGUGCUCCGGUUCCACUACGUCUCCUUGUGCUAGCCUAAGUCCAACUUCUUCUCGGUUGUUGUUGCAGGUUGGAUGAAUUGCACUUGUGGCUUCGCAGAGGUCUUUGAUUACCUUGGGACAAAGGUUUAGGGUUCUGCUUCCCGAGAAUAUAUGUAUUCUGCUAGUUUAGGUUCUGAAUGAUAACCGUGAAUUAAACAGUGCGGGACAAGCGGUUCAACUGCAGUGUGGUUCUAACAGUUCUACAAACGUAUAAAUAUACAAUAUAUGUAGAGAUUUUUAUUACUGUUAACUGCGGUUUCGAGAGACGAGUAUACUGCAUAACAUUCAAAGCCUUAGUUUCCGGAAUGUUUCUUCCUUUCUUCCAACUUUGUAAUCUUUCAAGUUCUAUCGUAAAUGAAAAAUCUAGAUAAUAGAAAAAAUGGUGUAACGAACAACAUAUAUUUCGAGAGGCGAGUCAGAAACGUUUCCCUUAAUUUAUGCCACAUUUGUGAGGAAUCUUUUGAUUAAGGAUGACUCAUAAUUUCUUAUAUAAAUUUCAACGUGUAAAACCAAAUGUUCACAGCUAUUACUUUAUCUUUUUUUUUUGUUUGCGUUCCAAAUAAAAAAACAAUAAAAUAAUAUAGGUAAACAUCUGUUUUUGUCAAAUUCACAAGUAAAAUUAAAAAGAGGUAGAAAAUCCAUUAAAUAAAUAAAGUUAGAGUAUUAUAGUGGGAAGGAUAUCGACAAUCCAUUUUGGUUGAAUCGAAGAGGUGGCUUUCAACCUCUCAUGUGGUCUUGUAAUUUUUUUUUCUAGCACUGGAAAGCACAAAUUAUAUCAUAUAAUCUUUAAAUCUAUUAUUGACAAAAAAAAAUCCUUAAAUCUAUUAUAUAUAAUCAUCAAUUACAUUACAUGCAACAUAUGAAACAACUAUACAGGUAAUGAUUCUAUGAUGAAUCUAUCUCCGAAACACUUGAAUCGAUAUAUAAUUCUACAUGUACAACCAGGGGCGAAGCCAGACUUCUUUUGAACUGAGUACACUUAAUAAAUGUUAUAUGAUAAAUGUUAAAUUAGGGGGCAUCGAACUUAGGUUUAAAAAGAGUUGUGGGUACAUCUUAACUAAAUAAGUCAUUUUCACCUUAAUUUCCUAUGUAAAAUUUUCAAUAUCUAAAUAAUAGUGGGUGCACAUGCACUCUUACCCCUCAAGCUAGCUUCGCCCCUGUGUACAACAUCAUCGAUGGACAAGCUCUCUCCACAUUAGACGAGCACAACGAACGGCUUUGCUUACAGUACUUAGGAACUACUGAAAGCUUGUACUCUAUAAUAUGAAAGAAAUUGCAUAUUGGUUAUUUAAGGUAAAAUAUCAAAAAAUAGGAUGAUUAGAUAAAAAAAUUAGAUAUUUCAGAUUACUUUGGAUAUUUCGUAUAAUACUAUCCGGAUAGUUUCAGAUACUUUCGGAUAGUUUGGAUACUUUACAAUAAUUUAAUUAUUUUCGAAUAUUUUUUGUUACUUUUAAUAGAUUUUUAAAUUAUAAAUAUAUAUUUAGCUAUGUUAUAUGUAUAUAUAAUUAAUAUUUUUAUAUAUUCGGGUAUCCGUUCCGUUUUCGGUUCGGCUAUUUCAGAUAUAGAAAUAUAAGAACCGUUUGAAUAUUUGAGGGUCUUGGUCCGGUUCCGGUUUCGGGUAUUUCGAUUCGGUUCUUCGGUUCCGGUUUUUUUUUUUGGGCCUACAAGAAACUAUUAUGUCGGCCUAUUAAUAACCCAAAAGUCCAAAGAUAAAAACCAUAAAUAGUCUUAAAAAACACACUUCUCCUCUCCGAAACCAGAAAGGAAAUUACAAGAAACGAGAUCAAUGGAGGAAGACUACAUUAGAGUUAUUAACAUAACAGUGUUUGGAGUAAUCUCAUGGGGUCUGAUUUUCAUCCUCCUCCGUAGAAUUUUUUCAAACUACUCAUUCGAUUUCAGCACUCGUAUUGUCUCAGCACUUCACGCCACAGUCGCUGUCGUUUUAGCAACUCUUACGAUUCAAGAUUGGUCUUGUCCUGUUUGUCCAACUGCUUCCACGUCAACUAUCCAGCAGAUGGAAACGAUGGCGUUUUCAUUGUCUUACAUGAUCUACGAUCUCAUUUGUAGUCACUUUGAUCAAGUCAUAAGCAUUGAUAAUGCGGUUCAUCAUUCUAUCUGCAUUCUUGGUUUCGUAACUGGACUUUGCUCCCGAGAGUGUGGAUCUGAGAUAGUGGCAGCACUGUGGAUAGGAGAGAUCUCGACUCCAUUUCUUAACCUCAGGGUGAUUCUAAAAGAGAUUGGUUACAGAGACACCGAUCUCAAUCUUGCCGUUGAUGUGUGUUUUGCAAUAAUUUUCUCAUUGGCGAGAAUGGUGGGUGGACCUUACCUCGUUUACGUCACGAUCUCAGCUGAUAGUCCCUUCCUCAUCAAGGCAGUGGCAUUGGGAUUACAACUCGUGAGCGCGUUUUGGUUCUAUAAAAUCCUCAAGAUGAUGAGAUACAAACUUAUUAAAAAAUCAAUUCCCACUGAAAAUUUACUUGGCUGAAAUUAGUUUACUAGAAAUUGACGGAUUCCAAGUUUUAUCAUUUUAAUAAUACUUGAUUUUUAAAAUUGAUGGAUUCCAAAUUUUAUUGUCAAUUUAAUAAUGAGAAUUCAUAAUCUUUUAUCUAGUAUUAGAGUGUAUAUUCAAUCCCAAAAAACAGGAUCUCAAAUGAAUGUAUAAUCUGAUCCCAAAUGAGUGUAUGAUUAACCUAAAAAGGUAAGAUUCAAAUAAAAAUAAGA